AUGGGUGAUAAUGCAAAUGAUAAAAAACGUGUUAUUCUCGGUUGUGCAUUAGAAUAUUUACCAUUAAGAAAACGUGAUCGAUCACGUGUUAUCGAUUCGAAACAAUAUGCACAUAAAAAAUUUUGUAAAAAUGAAGAUACACCAGCUUAUAUUCGACGGCAAGAUGAAGUUAUUGAAACACCAUAUCGAAAAAAAAAAUGUUUAAAAUGUGAUCUUUCACUAUUUUAUCAACAUGCACAAAAUAUUCUUGGUUCGGAAUCGGAAAAAGUUAUUAAAAAUAUUAAACGUGAAGAUCGUGGAAAAACAUCAUCUGUAACAGUAUCAACAUUAGAUGAAGAAGAAGAAGAAUUAGAAGCACGAGAAAUUGCUAAUUCUUAUACACAAAAUGCAUGUGUUAUUGAAAAACAACUUGAACGUAAAGAAAUGAAUAAACAUAAAGCAAUUGAAGAGGCUUCAUGUCGUGAACAAGAAGCUAAGCGAGCCAAUAUUAGAGGAACAUUAAUUGAUAAAUAA